UCAAAUGCCAAAUCAUGAUGUUAUAUGUGAUGUAUGUAAAUGUUAUCCAAUAGUUGGUAUUCGAUAUAAAUGUGCAGUAUGUGAUGAUUAUAAUUUAUGUUCAAAAUGUCUUAAUUCAAAUCCAAAUCAAAAAGGACAUAAAGAUACUCAUUCAUUAACUCCGAUUAAACAAUCUCAACAAUCAUCAAAUCGAUCGACAGCUGCAACGCCACAUUCAACACCUCAACAGAUUGAUGUUUCACUUGCAAUUCAUAGUUAUAAUAUUGUUUUAGUGGUUGAUAUAUCAUUAUCAAUGAUUGGUUGUGACGGAUAUGGUCGAGUGUAUCCUUCUAAAAAUCGUUGGCCAGCAACAGAACGUGGAAUCAUUAAAAUUGCUAGUCAAUUAGGUUUAAAUGAUAGUUUUACUUGUCUUGCAUUUAAUGCCAAAGUUUAUGAAGUUAUGAAUGCUAAAUCUGCUGAUAUGGCUAAAUUAAAAUUAGCCUCCGUUUUAUCUUUUUUGAAACCAAACUUUAAUGAUACUAAUGGUGGAACUGCAUUAUAUGAUGCUAUUGAUUCCACAUUUCAAGUUUUAUUAAGAAACAAACUCGCAGGACUUUUAUUAGAUGAUUCAAAUCGAAAUCAAAUUAUUUUAAUAACAGAUGGAGAAGAUUGUAGUUCGAUAAAAUGUAAUUUACAACAAGCAUGUCAAAGAGUAAAGCAAAUUUGUGAUGAUUUUGAAACAGAUAUUUUAUUAGUUGGAAUUGGAUUAGAAACAAAAGGAAGACAAGCUAUGAAUCAAUUAAAACAAUCUGGAGGAAAAAGAUGUAAAUUUGUAGAUUUAGCAAGUUUAUCAGAAUUAGAUAAUAUUUUUGAUCGAAUAUCAUUUAUUUUUACACAACGAACAGCUGUUAUUAAUGUUUAA